UAAAGGGCUUCAAAGACGUUAUACCUAGGGCCCAUGUCUUUCUUUUGACUGAAUCAAAACUGUCCCGACAACUAUGUCAUAUCCUGAAUAUACCAAGUCGUGAUACUAGCGGUAUUGACAUAACAGGAACCUGACAUGUUGGUGUAAACCAGGGUUAUGUGCUCGGUCCGGAUCCGGGAAACAUGUGGUGAAUAUAAACUCACCUUACAUCUGUCUAGUUGAUACGUGAUUUCGUUAUUGGAUUGGUGUUACUACACUGUAUAACAGCGAGAGAACGUUGGAUCGGUUGUCUUGGACACAUAUCGCGUCAUCAGUUUUGGCAUGACGUCAUAAUUUUAUGUCUCAUUGCUGUUGGAGUCUCUGCGUAAUUUGAGACUGAAAGGGAAAAUUACAGAUGAACAGUGAAGUUUUACAAUGACAAGAGAGUGACAUGAUUACCAUCAUAUACGCAGCGUGCACCUGCGCUGUCGUGCUUAUAUGUCUUGGGCUGUCUGAAGCAGGUGGCGAAAGACCUAAUCCGAAGUCCGAUUGUAAGGCUUUUGAGGUGAUCAACGUCAAAGUCAACGUCACACCAGGGGAGUUAAUUCUGAAAUGUUCACACCGUUACCCUCUCACUUGGAACCUGGAAGCUUCAAGUUCAUCGAAAUACUUCCGAGUUACAUCGAAGUCUGGUGGCUUGCAGGUGUAUCUGCGGGCGUCACUGCACACGUAUAACAAACCUAACUUGACUAUUAUAGUCAAUGGCGUGGAUGGUGAGGGGAACAUGACGUCGGUCCAAGUUGAAAUACAUCUUGAAGGCCCAACAGAAAAAGAAAUCAAACUCAUCACUGUUCCACAAACUUCAUUGUUUAAAAACGGAACUAACGUAGUGAUCCGGUGUGAAGCCGACCAAUUCGUUGACCCGUCGUUCUCGUGGGCUGUAUCCGGCCGGGAUGUGACCCUGGGCCUCACCGAUCGCUUCCUGGUCAAUUACACAAGACAAGGAACCAAGAGCAUUGGCGUGUUUGAGUUCAACCCUAUACUUCACAGAGAUGCCGGUAUGUUCAUUUGUAUUCUGACCGGAAGUGCGGAUCUCCGGGUCAGACACGAGCGGACACUUGGUCUCCGCGUAGUCAGUAAACCCCACGUGGUGGCCAGACCUCCGUCCGUGUAUAUCCGGGGAGACACAGCGGUCAACCUGACCUGUGUCCAAGAUGACCCUCCGGACACAGAGGUUGAGAUGAGAUGGUACCGGAUUAUAGAUGGGAAGAGGUCCAGGGUAUCAGUUAGCAAAGGUCUAGUAUCCAGGGAGAUUUAUACUGUCCAAGGACUGGGAGGUGAUGCUGAAUACGUUUGUGAGGGCUUCAACAUCAAGGGACAGGCUUACAGCAAUGUUGUCAAAGUACACCAGCUUACAGAAGGUAUGAACACGUGUCCUCUGGAAACUGACCAGUCUGGUAUUAUUUGGCAAGAGACACCAACUGGAGAGACUUCAAUGUCAGAUUGUCCCAGCAAAUUACAAGGUACGUCUUCACGACGUUGCAGUCUCUUCGGCCAGUGGGACAAUGCCGACUACGACACGAAAUGCCGUCAGAUUACGUUAGACAAUGCCCUUCAAAAUGCGAUACAAGCAAAAGACGGGGUGUUAGAAGGUUCCCUUAGCGACAUCCUGAACGAUCUAGAAACUGCUAAAGACACAGAACUACUGACGUCCAACGACAUUGGUGUCAUCUUAGAAGUACUGGAGAUUAUUGCAGAGGGAUAUAUUCAAGGAGAAGGGGAGCGGAGUGUGGAACCAGAUGACAUAAAGAAAAUGGCCACAGUUGUAGAUACUGCCUUGAGCGCUGGUUUAGAGAAGUGGAAACAGGUCAAUGAAGAGACGAAACGUGGCCCCAAGUCCUUGCUGUGGUCAGUUGACACUAUACUGAAGCUCGCCAUCCAGAGGGCAGCGACCCAGGAGUCAUCAGAGCUGUCCUUCAACAUCACCAUCAGCACAGACAACAUAUAUCUGCAUAUCGGAAGUGUACUUGGUGAGACGGUUAAUUUCCCACAAAGAGAGGUCAACAGCCUGUCCUGGGUGACCGAGACACGCACCGGAGCCAGGAUGAUGCAGGAAUCAUUCCAAGCGAUGCAACAAGAUCGAACCUGGUACAGUGGUAUGGUCUAUCGGUCUCUCAGUGCCUUGAUGCAGGAACAGGUGCUGGAGAAUGUCACCAUGGAAGGCAAGUCACUCGUCAGUGAAGACAUGGCGGUGAUGUCCGAGACGGAGAGUCAGCAUCCCCCCAUGGGUGACGUGGUCUCCAGGGUGAUGUCCUUCAACGUGUACCCCCAGCCGGACAGCUUCACCCCACCGUUGUAUCUCUCAAUGGAAGUCAGCAGAAUGAACUCUCGUCCAGUCUGCUCCUUCCUCGACUAUAGCCAGUCGCAACGGUACUCCCGUUCUGGGGUCUGGGCCACAAAGGGAUGCUAUGAGAUGUCACGUGAUGAUGACGUCGUCGUGUGCAGCUGUAACCACACCACUAACUUUGCUAUCCUCAUGAGUCCCGUGGAUGCAGAGAUCGGAGAGCACAGCUACGUGCUGGAGUUAAUAUCUAUAGUCGGGUGUUGUAUAUCCCUCUUCUUCCUGCUGCUCACAAUCAUCCUCUACAGCAUGGUCUGGAGGUACAUGGUUAAGACUCAAGUGUCUCGGAUCAAGUCAAUACUGCUGAUGCACCUGUGUGCCACUCUCAUCAUCAGUUACACGCUGUUCCUGGCUGGGGCCAAUUACACAGACAACAAGGACGUGUGUACUGCAGUGGCAGCUCUACUCCAUUACUUCUUUCUCGUGGUGUUCUGUGUGAUGCUGGCGCAGGGGAUACAACUCUUCAUCUCCAUCGUCAUCGUCAUCAACUUCACCUCCUACCUCAAGGCCCUCCUCGUCACCAUUUGGGUUCCUCCUGCAAUCAUUGUCGGAAUCACUCUUGGUACGGUGAAACUUGACGGGUACCGAGGCCUGAAGUAUUGCUGGUUGUCAACUGAGAGGCACAUCAUUUGGGCAUUCGUUGGCCCCGCUCUCUUCAUAAUUGUGGUGAACACAUUUAUUCUGAUUCUCUCCGUGAGAAAGAUGCUUACAAGGAAAACGUGGGAUGAAAACAUACUAAGCCAGGGAAAGUACUUGGCCCGAGCUCUUGGCGUAAUCCUGCCCAUCAUUGGUAUUACAUGGGUAUUGGGGGUAUUCUCCAUCAACAGAGAUGUGGUUGUCUUCCAGUACCUAUUUGCUAUCUGUAACUCCCUCCAGGGCCUUUUCAUCUUCAUCUUCCACUGUUGUACCACAAACGUGACGAAUUCGUUUAAAGAGAUGAGAAGCCGGUUCAAGCGGAAUUCUAUGUCAAAGUCUACAUUGAGGUCCAAAUCUCAGACCACUAUAAACAGUUUGACGUCCAAGUCCAUCAAGUCCUACAAGUCCAAUUAUACACUGAGUCUGACGACAGCAGCUCUCAGGUCUGACAGAGACGGGAUAGACAAGCAAGAAUUUCUGUCAAACGGUAUCGCCAAUCCAAGACAAGGAUUCCAAUUUGCACGAACUAUAGCUCUGCCCAGCGUGUUCGACCAGAGCCUGGAGACCCCUACAGAGUAUCUUAUACAGGGGGAUGCUCGGAGUGACCACGGCAGCGGCUCACCCACGUCAGCGCAGCAUGUGAAUAUGGGUUUCACUGACAACGUGAGAAGACGGCCCCGGGUUUCAUUUUCCGUUGACUAUGCAGAAGUGAUUGGUUUCCAGGAAGACUUCGAGUCAUCUCCUGAUCCGGGGGAAGGAAGGCGACGAACGCACCAGCAUAAUCUCAGCGUGGAAGAGAUCCCGGAAAGUGAUAUUGAGAGGGCACUGAGGAUGCGCAGGAAACCUAUCGACCAGAUGUAUAACGUGGUGAACGCCUUUCAUGACAGGCGUACAACAGUAAAGGAGGAGAGAGGGACGCCUCACACUCCUAGAGGUCGAUGGAGGUCAGCGUAUGAAGCAGUACGGCAGGCAAAGACGUUUCAAAUAACGUCUACUGUAUACAGAGGACGUGACGGGACAUCACAAUAUUUAUAGACGUGGGCAAUGUCCCGAUUACAUGCAGCGUGUAAAAGUGCCUGUUAAUGUUCCGACCUGAGCAAUGCUCUGAAUAUAUAUAGCCUGCAGCUGGGCAAUGCUCUGUACAUUUGCCUGCCAAUUAAAUUCAGGCCUAUCGCACAUAUACUUGUACAUACACAGUGCACCAAAUAUCGGCGUAUUCUAUAUGGACCAUGGAUUGGUAAAAUUACAGCCAUUGAAGUAUUCAUUUCUUGCAGGUUUUACCAAAAAUAUUCAAAUAGUUUGUGUACUCAAACAACAUAUGGUUGAAUAGUUAUUUCUGUGAUCAUACGGAGCCCGGUGUUUAUCCGAGUGAAUGUAGUUUGACUGGUUUAUGGUCCCAUGUUGAAUACCUCUUUUGCGAUGUUUCCAUGGGAACGAGGUUACAUUUGAGGCUGGGUGUAGGAUCGAUCUGUUCAGCACUGUUGCUAUCUCUCAUCAGUUAUCAAGCUCUGGAACGUGCGUUUCUCGACAUGAGGUUCAUGACAAUGCCUUAGGCGGAUCUAGAAGGGAGGAGGGUGGUGAGGGGGUGCGUGCAGUCCCCCCACCGCCCUGAAAGUUUAUUAGAUGACCAUUGAGACUCGGGUUGAAAUGAAGUGUGCACCGCCCUUUUCUCAUAAGUGUGCACCCCUCUUUCUCAAAAAGCUGUAUCCGCCCCUGAAUACCACACUUUGUGUUGUUUCUUUAGGCUCGUUAUCACGUGUAUAUAUCAAUGGAUAUAGAUCUUGAAAGAAGAAUGUAAUGACAUGAUUCCUUGCAUUUGUAUAAUUUAUUCAUAUGACGGUUCCCCGGAUAAAAUAGUUCCGGUGUUAGAUGAAAUACUGGGCCGAUGGGGUAGCCUAGUGGUUAAUGCGUUCGCUCAGCACGCCUGAGAACCCGGUGUAAUGGAUACAAUGUGUGAAAACCAUGUCUGGUGUCCCCGCAAUUAUAUAUAUUGCUUGAAUAUUGCCAAAACGGCAUUGAACCAUAUUCAGUCACUCACUCACUACAUGAAAUACUGAGUGAGUUGGAUUUGAUUUAUGUUAUAAGAAAACUUUACUGAGGUCAUCGGUUGCUAACUAACUGGCGAAUAACGUGUAUCUCCAUGAUGAUACCACGUGUUUUCAAGGACCAAACAGAACUGUGUCAUCCUUAUAUAGACAGUGCACGGCUUCAUACUGUACAUUAGGCAGAAACAUAGCAAUACAAUGACAUCAAUAAAUUUCUAAUGUCUGUUCUAUAUGUAAACAUGUAAUUAAUCUUGUGAAUGUGCCUGUUCUGAACUUCGACGAAAAAGUUCACUUGGAGAAUAAAAAAAUAAUUAUUAUCUUCAA